CAGACUGUUUCUUGUUCGGGGAAUCAGCGUGUUGCCUCAGUUCACGACCCAGCGGCUGGUCAUGUGACUAGCCGCUUUCACAGCCUCACAGUUGGGUAGCGGGGUUCGGUCAACCCCACUUGUUGGCAUCUAACCUGGUUGUAAAUGUUCAUUAUGCCACCCUCGAGUUACAUUUAAGUUCUAUAUAACCAGAAAAUGUCAUUAUCAGGUAGGCUCGACGUCAUCUUUGCCGAGCAGCUGCGUAACCACCCGGAAGGGCACGCGCUUUAUAACAAGGUUUCAGCCGAUCACUUGAAACCAGGAACUUGCGGCUUCUUCGAUGAGAAAGGAGAUUGGAAUGUUAUUGAGCAACUUUGUGACAGAGAGACUUGGGAAUCUGAUGGCUGGAUAGGUAUUCCUGAGCAACUGAGGACUGAAACAGAUUUUGGGAUUCAGUGGCCGGUAAAGCUGUCCGAAAGUGCGAAAGGGUAUGAAAUUGAUGUCGAUGUAAACCUGAAACCCCCUAUCAGCGGUGGAAUAAAUAUAGCAUUCAAGAGCAGCGAAAAUGUCGGAGCUGUCCUAAUUACUGACCCCCCUGUUGAGCGUAAAAGACUCAAAAGAGAUUUACCUGCUCUUGACUGGGUUCUGCAGAAUACGCGAAAGUUACUUGAUCAUUGGCCAGAAAUCCUCUCCCGAGGACUAUGGAUUGUCACCAAAACGUACUCCGUGAAACGUUGCGCCAAUGCUGUAUUGACAGCGAAGGACGAUGAAGCAAAAAUUAGCAUUCAGGCCAGUAUACCAGAUGUAGCGAAUGCAGUUCCUUCUGCAACGUGGUGGAAACAAGGAAGUCAUGGUUCUUGGAACAUAUAUACUGAUGAUUCCGGCAUCGUCGUGUUUAUGAGUGGUAUUCAAUGUAAAGUGGGGCUUGUGAGGAGGUCAAAAGUAAGAAAGACUACACGAUAUGUGCAGAGAACUUUCAAACGCUGACUGGCCAGCUUUUCCCCAACCGACUACCCCACAAGCAAAAGCCUUGGAGAGAUGCUUCCUCAAACGCCAUAUACGUACAUAUUGAAGAUGAUGGAGAUGACACAUUGUUAGCGGAAACUGUUCCCCGGAUCUGGGGUGAAGUCAGUUCGGAAGUUACAGAUCUGAUAGAGGGACUGCAUGAAGCUGAGGAGAACUAUGAGGAAAGCGAUGAUUCAUCGUUUGCGUAAGAUUGAAAAAUAAAAGUCUGAACGCUGAGGACACAUCCUUGAGCUUUAGGGAAUCUAUCGGAAUACUGCUUCUAAAUUGGAUGGUAUGUGGGCCAGUGGAGGCAAUGCUGGAUGCAGUUUGGAAAACUAAAAAUAGAGUGUGGUGGAUUGUGUGACAAAUAAACUUAUCGUUCAUGGAUAAUGAAUUAUCUUAAAUACAUAAAAGCGGAAUGGCUCGCCACUUCCAUGCCUGCCAAUUCAAG